ACAACCCUGAGAAAGCAAAACAAAAAAGCUUCCGCCUUAAUUAGUGAAUCUGAUUGAAAAAUUCUUCUCUCUGUCUUGAGAUCACCAAUUAAUUAACAUGAGGUGAGUCGAAGCAGUGGUGAUCAGAUCUCUUCUAAUUUCUAGAAGGUGACAGCUGGGUAUAUUAACUAUCCUCAACACGGGCUUCUGCUGAGAAGAUGCGUAUAAUUAUAAUCUUCUCAACCGUCCCCUUCCAGUAAUUAAGUUUCGAAUGUCUAUAUAAUCCCAUCCUCGACACUCCACUUCUCACCCAGAAGCAUUAUUACUGAAAGAGCUACUUGCAUCAGUACUAUUCUAGGGAAAAUGGCUACCAAGCUGCUUCUCCUUUUGUUCCUUGGUGCUCUUGUUUGUAGCAUUAAUGCUAGGAAGCUUGUAAGCAAGGAGAGUACCUUCCAAGAUGAGAAGACACUCUUCCAUAAAGGAUUUGGUGGUGGGCUUGGCGGAGGCGGUGGUGGUGGUUUCGGUGGGGGAGGUGGUGCUGGUCUUGGUGGGGGUGCAGGCCUAGGAGGUGGCGGUGGCUUAGGAGGCGGAGGCGGAGCUGGAGGAGGUUUGGGAGGCGGAGCUGGUGGUGGACUCGGUGGGGGAGCAGGAGGUGGCUUUGGUGGAGGAGCUGGUGGUGGUGGCGGAUUAGGCGGGGGAGCGGGAGGUGGCUUUGGUGGGGGAGCUGGUGGUGGUGGCGGAUUAGGCGGGGGAGCGGGAGGUGGCUUUGGUGGGGGAGCUGGUGGUGGUGGCGGAUUAGGCGGGGGAGCGGGAGGUGGCUUUGGUGGGGGAGCUGGUGGUGGUGGCGGAUUAGGCGGGGGAGCGGGAGGUGGCUUUGGUGGGGGAGCUGGUGGUGGUGGCGGAUUAGGCGGGGGAGCGGGAGGUGGCUUUGGUGGGGGAGCUGGUGGUGGAUUUGGAGGUGGAAUGCCUUGAUCAAAUAAGCUCUGCGUACAACCAUUUCUUCUAUGCGUGACUACGUAGUGUAGUAAUCGAGGAUUGCCAUAUUUUGUCGUGUGUUUCUUGAAUAAUUUAUUACCCAAGAUUUGUAAUUUUGUAUUAACGUGAAAAGAAGAAUAAGGUAAAUGUAGGAUGCCAGAAAGGUAUGGUACCAAUGGAUUGGCUGCAUCUUCUUUUUUCUUCUAACAGAAAAGAAAGAAGAUUAACAUGUUGAUGUUAUAAAUGAUUUUAAGGAUCUAUUCUCUCUC